AUGCCCAUCAAAAGCCCGACGCGCCUCUACGACAACAUCGAGAGCGAGCUCCUGCGCGAGCAACUGCUCGCGACGUCGGCGGAGUCGCCCGCGGAGGCCUUCGUCAAGCGUCUCUUAAAUCCGUCGCCGGCCUCGCGGUCGAAGUUCGAGGAGCUCCUGCGCGCGGCGACGGCCGAAGCGAGCCUUGCGGCGACGGCGACCCAAGCCAAGGAGUCCGCGCUGGAGAACGAGGACCUGCGCGAGCAGCUCGCGGCGGCGGAGUCGCGCGCGGUGGAGGCGGAAGCGAGCCUCCCGUCGUUCAAGGAGUCGGCGGCGAACGACGCCGCGCCGCAGUCGGAGGUCGAGGCCCUGCGCGAGCAAGAUGAGUCCGAGUACGCCAAGGGCCUCCUCCGUCGACUAACCGAGUGCACCGCUCCCAACGUUCAGAUCUUCACCGAGUGCUACGACCCGGAUGAGACGCGCUUAAUCCUCGAGUACAACGACAUCACCGGCCCGAUCCCGACCGAGAUCGGCCAGCUCGCGAAGCUGGAGUGGCUCAGCGGCAACCAGAUCACCGGCUCGAUCCCGACCGAGAUCGGCCAGCUCACGACGCUGAAGUACAUAGAAGCGAACCAGCUCACCGGCCCGAUCCCGACCGAGAUCGGCCAGCUCACGAAACUGAACCUCAACUACAACUCGAUCACCGGCCCGAUCCCGCCCGAGAUCGGCCAGCUCUCGGAGCUGUACCUCGGCCUCGGCCUCGGCCUCGGCCUCGGCGCCAACCAGAUUGACGGCUCGAUCCCGACCGAGAUCGGCAAGCUCACGGAGCUGAAGGACCUGCGAGUUUCCCCCGCGUGGCUCGAGUACAACGACAUCACCGGCCCGAUCCCGACCGAGAUCGGCCAGCUCGCGAAGCUGUCGUACCUCAACGACAACGAGAUCAACGGCACGAUCCCGCUCGCCCUCUGCGGCGUCUACCAGUGCUACAUCAAGGCGAACAAGAAGACGUGCAAGUGGAAGGGCGACAAGUGCAAGGACAAGUAG